AGUAGUUUGUCUGUGUCUCUUUGAUAUAAACAUCUACCCAGUAGUUCUAAAAGUACUAUGGCCGUCCGUCCGUGCAUGUAGCAUGUAGUUUUGAAACGAAGAAGAAAGAUGACUCGCACUAGAUGGCGAUUUCUGAUUGAGCUACUGCUGGUCGUGCCAGCGCUUGGACUCCUCAUCCAACAAGAGCCACUUCUCGACGCUGUUGCUCUCGCUACGACUCGGCGUGCUGCCUGCAGCUUCUGUGCUUCGCUUAUGAGGGCUUUUUGUAGUAGUAGUUGGUUUUGUAAUGUUAAUAUGCUUGUCUGUUGUAUCUUUAUCUGAAUGGUUCUGGUUUUUGGUAACCUGAAUUCGAUCACAAAGAUUCUCCUCUUGUUUUCCCUUAUGAUCAAAAUCAGACUACCGAAUACCAGAACAGUACACUAUCUUCUAGUUGUAUCGCAAGAUCGAGGAAGAUGCAGGAGAAGAUCAUCUUCUCAACGAAUAUUCCUAGUAAUAGACUCAUCUAAGUACUUCUAACCUGAAGUGCGGGAGCAUUGACGUCUGUUACGCCGGACCCUGUGGUCUCGAUGCAGAAGCAAAGGUCGAGCGUUUUCGUGUGUCGAAUCAGUGUUUGACAUGUGAUAAGGAUGCGGCUGACAGCCAGGGAAUAAAGCGCUGUAACGAAGAGUCAGGUCGUUUAAGAUGUAAUCCAUUGUACUCAGAGUUCGAGUUGAAUUUGAAAAGAUAGAGAGUCGGAAUAACAAUGAGAAAGAAGAGUUGAGUUGUUUAGAGAUCAUAGAGCUCCAAUCCAAGCAGCUCCCAAGCAACGAGCCUUGCUUUCUGUGCGUCAUGGCUCCUCCACUGAAAGCUCCAGUGAGACAAGUACGAGUACCAAGGGAGAUUUGCGCACACGUGCAGACAAGGUGCUUGCAGCGGCGGCUAGUGCGAGCUCGGAGGCUGCGGCACUAGAAGCAGAGGCGGCCAAGGAGCUGGAGAAAAACGAUUAUGGAGGAUAUUCACAUAGGUCAUAGGCUGCACGAUUGAAUGCAUAUGUACAAACUGAAUUUGUUGUAUUGGCUCAUGGAGUGUUGCGCGUCUUCGUUCUUGUUGUGCAACCUCCUGUACAGCAAGAAGAACUAUUUUCUACAGAUAAGUACACAAUGAAGCAACUCUUCUUUUUAAACCUCCUUGAACGAACUUGUAUGACAAGAGGAACUUCUAUGUGUAAGUGUAAGGAGCUACAAACACACGACCAUGCAUCAAUAAAUAUCUAACGCAAGAGUGCUGCUGCUGCAGCAGCUACCACGGGAUCUGCGCAGCAAGCAGAUGCGUUGAUGGUGGAGGCUGGCGCUGAUGAACGCAAAGCGGAGAAGACAAAGGGCGCUCUCGAUCUCGCAAAGAAAGCUACGGAGACUGUGGCGAAGAGGUAGUAGCUACAACAUAGAUACUGAUGCUUUAACAGAAGCUGGCUUCUGGUUCUGGGAGGAAGUAUACUUAUAUUAUAAUCAUGCUGGUGAGGAGGUACGUAUCUAUCAAUAACUCUCACUCUGUGGUGAUAAGUCGUAUAGAUAAAAAUAUGAAUGAACUGUGAUGACACUGGUGCGUGGUCUCUAAUCAAGUAGGUCAGGCAGUACCUUUUCACUGAAUGGCCUCAUACAUAGAUGCGUAAUGCUAUAAAAGAGGCAGCAUGUUGGCAUGACAUGAGAAUUCCUCUUCGAUUCAUUGUUAUCUAUCUCUGCUGCUGGAUCUUCUUCAGGCUCCACCAAUCAUAUCGCUCUAUGAUUUCAGACUCAUAGAAAUACGAUCAUACAAUGAUAGUGAUUCAAUGCCAGGAAAGAACGAGUUCCCUGAGAGGACGAACAAGAAGACUAGCCAGAGCUCAGACAAUGAAAACUUUCAUGUUUCAACAUCAGGAUCAUCUGCCCUUAAUGUCCUCAUGCACGAUCAUCUGUAAUCAGAGUCAUUCUAUCGUAAGAAUACAUGAUCCACACAUCCACACACACACACACACGCCCGCACACAUAAUUAGAGUAGUUUAUAGAACGGAUGUAGGAUGGACUUGGAUGGAUCGGAUGGGCCCCCUGACUCUUCCGAUCCUACUUGAAAUGGUGGAAAGUCCAUCCGAUCCAUCCGAUCCAUCCCAUCCCGGACCUGGCACCCCUAUAAACUGCUCGAAUAUGAACAGUACUAGCUGCGUAACUGAUGUCUACGUUGGUUUCGUUGUUGUCCCGCGUCUUUCUUGUUCUUCUUCCGCUCCCUACUUGUUCCUGUUCCUACCGUGAUCGCGAGGAAGGAAUUGAACUUGCGAGUAAGAAUUAGCUUUAAUACUUGUUAGUUGUCGACGAUGCUGGAGGAGGGCAGAUGAAGAAACGUCACGCCUUCAAAGAUCUGAUCAGGCAAGCCCACUAUACACAAGAACUAGAACUAGAAGAAGAAUUGUAAUGUUGAGCCGGGUCUACGUCUAGGUCUGAUGCACUUGUCCCAGUGUUCCUCUUCCUGAUGCUCUUGCUCCCUGUCCCUGACAAGUUCCCAAUCAGGAAGACGCGGCACUAUCAGUGUCGAUUUCCACUGGUGUUGAACGGUUGGGUUGCGCCAGCCGUUGAGACCACAGGCUCGUGGUGCAAGAGGAAGACGAAACAUUGGCAACAGGAAGGAGAAGGACCAUGUAUUGGGCGGUUGGAAUGUCAGGAACGCAAGGCAAGAGUGGUAUCAGCAUCAGGCAAGCAAGACGGGAGUGGUAUCAGCAUCAGGCAAGCAAGACGGGAGUGGUAUCAGCAUCAGGCAAGCAAGACGGGAGUGGUAUCAGCAUCAGGCAAGCAAGACGGGAGUGGUAUCAGCACCACAGGAACGCAAGUCAAGAGUGGUAUCAGCAUAAGGAAAGCAAGUCACAGGACUGGUAUCCGCAAAGCAAGCUAGGAGGAUCAGGAAAGCAAGCAAGGACGAUUAGGGAAGCAAGCUAGGAGGAUCAGCAUCAGGAAAGCAAGCAAGGACGAUUAGGGAAGCAAGUUAUGAGUGUCAGGAAAGCAAGCAACGACGAUUUGGGAAGCAAGUUAUGAGUGUCAGGAAAGCGAGACACGAGUAUCAGGAAAACAAGUAAGGGGGAUCAGAAUAAAGCGAGACACGAGCAUCAGGAAAGCAAGGCAGGACAAGGAGUAUCAGGAUAGCCUAUCACAAGUACUUGUUGGGAAAAGGAAGUAGUGAAAGCGUCAGGAAGGGCUUGCUUGAUUGAAGCAAUCAGAUACAACCGGAAGUGUCAGUUUCUCUCAUGAGCCAGGAAGUAUCGUGCGUGUGGUGCGGCACAUAUUUCAGUGAAGGUAACUUCUCGAGUAUCAAUAUUAUGCAUACUAGAAGGAGGCGUGUUGGUGAUAGUGUAGAGUUCAAGUUGCAAUUCUUUGCCUCCAGUUGUGCUUGUGCCAGCUUGACCGUGAACUAGUAUAGCGACAUCUACCAUCGAACCUUAAUAAUACCCGUACCUUCUCUUCCUUCUUUUCCAUCUUCAUCUACUCCCACAAGGCUAUAACUAUGUAUACGUCACUUGUUGCCACGUCAUUACUGUGGUGUAGCAAAUCAGUGAAUGAAUCACUGUCAACAUCCUCAAAUGGUAAUGGCUUCAUACAACAUUCUUCUUUCUUUAAUCAUGAUUACCGUAGUUGGAAUAUUAUUUGCCUCCUUUCGUCUUUCAUCAGGUAUCUCACUGCUUACGCGGCAUUGCGGGAGAAAGAGCUGGCGGUGGAAAGUGCGGCACGCGAAAUGGAGGCAGCAGAGCGAGACCAGAAUGCAUUACAAGAAGCGUAUGAGACUUACGGCGGGCUCUCCAUAUUUAUCUCGUCUUGUUCUACAGUUUUGGGCAUGCCAGGCAUGUCCUUAGGAUAUCUCUAGAAUCCACGUCGUGGUCUGUGUAUUCAGUGAGGAGUGGAUUUCCUGUCUAGUUCUAUCAUAAGAGCUAGGGCCCUCAAGCAUCGCAUGCACAGGGGAUCAUGUCUUUGAGGGCAGUAGACUAGAUGCCCGCGAUGGGGAUGUUGAAAAAUCUUUCUGGGAGGCGCUCUAAGAUACAGCAUCUGCAAAGGCUGCCGAAGCAUCACAACAAGCAGCCACUCUGAGCGCAGCCAUUAAGGCUUGUUACGUCUAGAUGUAGAUUAUAUCAUUCGAAGCACUGUUCUCUCUGCUCCAAAGAUUAUUCUUCAUGUGGGACUGUGUCCGAAUGUAAUACGUUGUGGCUCAUACGACCGGCACAAGAGUUCUGGUACUAGAGGUAGUAGAUGACGAAGACCAGCUGAAGGUCGUCGGAGUCGUUGACUAGUCACGUUGGACCACGUCACGUUGGAGGAGUUGAUAUUUCAUUUAUAUAUACUCAUUUAUUCUUGGAGACCUACAAGAACUAGUACUACUGAUGGUGUCUAAUAAGAGCAAGAAGACGGGCUUGGCGCGCGCCCGUGCCGCCAAGAUCUUACAAGCGGCAAAGGCAGCACGAGAAAUUAUGCGAGUAAAAAGGAGAAAAAGAAGGGGUGGUAAAAAGGUGUCAAAAAGGGGUAGCUGGUAAUUAACGCAUGCACACCCGUAAAACAAGUUUACUGGGUAUAUCAUCUUCCAGACGAUGAUAGAAACAACGAGAAAGCCUUAUAGGAGCAUGAUCAUACCAUGAGCAUGACUGUAUAGUCCAUCCUAGUCUAACGAGGACCUGUCUACCUUUGUCGCUGGUAGCGCUACUUGACUUGAGAUCAGUAGCAUUACUUGAAAAUGAAAUAGAAUCUCAGACCUUCUAAUAGGAGCUCUGAGACCGCAACAGUGCAGGCGCAGCACUUAAUGGCGAGACUUGAGGAUGCCUCGAGCUCUACUGGAGGAGCUUUGUUGGUAACAUCAAAUGUUGGUGCUGCAUCCACGUCGUCGACGGGUUCAGCUUCUGCAUCCUCGAACGAUGACACGUCAGAUGACAUGGUGGACGCGCUGGGAAGACUGCAGAGUUGAGAUUCAAGUUUGUUUGAUAAGGAUCAUAGCAAUUGUGAAAGUUGAAGUCUGCUCAAUACAUCGUAACACCAACGGUUGAAGAGAUUCAAAUUGAUUACAGAAUCAAACAGAUUGAUAUCAAUAGGAACUACUACUUCUUCUAGUGAAGAAUUCUGUUCGAUGACAAUUGCAACACCAACUGGUUCUAGAACAGAUGGUUUCACAGAAUAGAUCUGGUGGUCGUGCUAGUUCUAUUUUCCACGCUAGCAGAAGUGCAACCAGAAGAACUUGGGGUCCUCGUACUUCUUGUUUGCAUAGGUUUGUAGUAUGUCGGUAGUACGACCAUAACUUUGUUUUUUCCUGUUCAUCCAUAGAUCCUGUUUUUUCCUGUUGGAGAAAGAAGAACGUAACACAAGUCUCGACGCAAAAUCCAUAGAGAUCGUCCAAUGUUUCAUCCAGGCAGUGUAGUCGAUCUUUGUAUUGGAAAAUUGAUUCACGGCCUGGACGCCUCAAAAACACAGUCUCACACAGGCUGUUGUAGAAAUGCGACUAGGGCAGGUCCACAACCUUGUCUGCUCUCGGUGAGUCCUGUGCAGAACCAGGCGCGGGGGACCUCCUAAGAGGCUUCUCGCUGCUAUUGAAGAAUCAAUUUGUCGGAACAUGAUAAAGAUCGAAGAGUUCUAACGUUCUACUUGAGCCAAAACAGAUCAGUACCUAGGUAGAGGCUCCUCUGAGCAAUGAUCUCAGUCCAGGUGGUCGUACUAUGAUGAGAUCACGAAAGGACCAGCGUGACUGUCUGCAUUGGCAAGUAUCUACAACUCAGUUCUUGUAUGCUCG